AAUGUGCUGAAAGGCAUUCCUUUUCUCCCAGAGAUGCCCUCCUGUGGCCUGGGAGCUGAGUGAGAAAGGAGCUGGAACUGAAAUCAGUAAGCACAGUAGACGGACCUACCAACCAACCACCAGAGAGAUCUGUGAAAAAGGGCGCAUUCCAGGAGUCGUGAGCACAGCAGAAUGACGACAGGAACCAUGCAGCCAGGGCUGCCAUAACGAAACAAUGCAUACUGGGCAGUCUGGACAGCAGCAGUUUAUCUCCUCACAGUUCUGAGCCUACGGGCCCAAGAUCAAAGCAUCAGCAGGACUGUUUUCUUCUCAGAGUACCUCCUUGGUUUGUGGGUGACCAUCUUCUCCUUGUAUCUUCACAUGUCUCUCUAUGCAAGUUUGUGUCCUCAUCUCUUCUUCUUACAAGGAUAUCAUAUAGGAUUAGGACCCAACCAAAUGACCUCAUUUCACCUUAAUUCUCACUUUAAGGACGCUCUUUCUAAACGCAGUCAUGUUCUAAGGACUGGGAGUUAGGACUUCAGCAUGUGAAUCUUAGGGGACACAGCUCAGUCUAUAGUACUGCCCAGGAAUAUAUGUGGAGUUAGUGGCUUUCCGAACAGCCAUACAGAGAAGGAUUCCAAAUGGCAAGGGCACUCAACAAUCAGACCGGACCUACCAGUCUGGUUGAUAUGGCUGAAGGAUGAAAAGGAAAUGCAGAUGAGAGAGAAAAGUUUCCAAGGGACUAGUACACCCAGUAACCACAUUGUACCUCCCUGAUGGAUACACCCCAGGGUGAAAGGUGCAGGUGACUAUUUAUGCUUGCGGUGCUGGACAUUCUACAGACGCUGCCACACACCUCGGCUCAGCUCAGCCAAGGGACUACCAUGGGUCCUGCCUUCCUGCUGGCCUUUCCUUUGCUGCUGGCUCUUUCAACACCCUGCGAUGCCUGUGAGUGUAAAUUUCGGCAUCCUCAGACAUACUACUGCACGUCAGACAUCGUUGUAAUAGGUAAUAUACUGGAACGUGGAAAUGACACCGCAUUAAAACGAAACUAUAGAAUCAACAUCACUCAGAUACUCAAGAUUCCCAAGAAGAGCCCCCCCAUCACUUCUGUAUACACACCCAAGGCCUGGGAUAGCUGUGGUUACGAGGUGAGGACUUCUCAGCAAUCACAACUACUUAUUGCAGGCUAUCUGAGGAAGGGGGCGCUGUACUUCACGAGAUGCCACAUGGUACAUUUCUGGUACCGUCUCACCAGCGAGCAGAGGCUAGGUUUCAAGGCGCUGUACAAAAGGGGAUGCAAAUGUCAGAUUCAGCCGUGCCUUCUCUGCUGGCGCAGUUGCCCCCAACCUGAUAAACAAGAGUGUGUGUGGGAGCAGGAAGACUGCGAUUACAGCGUGUGGGAGGGAAACCAGUCCCUGUACUCCACGUGUGCCCCCGGGCACGACGGCCGCUGUGAAUGGGCCAGGAUCGACACCGUAAACUAUCGCGCCGAGACCACUCCUCCUCCAGAAACAACCCCUGCGGUGAUGGCUAUUAUGUGAUAGGGUUUUAACAUUCUGGUUUUUGACCUGGCUAUUCUUAAUAGAACUGAGUCAGUUUUGUAUAUAAUACAUGAAUUGAUAUGUACACUUAAGUUUCAUUUACUUUCUGCAAGUAGUGUAUGCAUCAAUAAAAAUAUAAAAAUAAAUCCUAAG